AUGUUUAACAAAUUAAAACUGAGAAAAGCACCUUUGUCAUUGGAUUCAGUUUCAAAUGCCAUCAAAACAAGGGGUACAAAGUCUCUUUCCCCAGAAGAAAUCAAUCCAAAACAUAUUGAUUUAAAAGUGAUCAAUCAACUUGGGAUUCCCCAAAAUUCAAUUGUUGCAGUGGCUUAUGAUCCAGUACAAUCUUUAUUAGCAGUUUCAACCACCAGCAACGAUGUUCGAGUAUAUGGACAGCUAAAUGUCGAAGUUGUAUUUGAAUUCAACAUUAAACACCCUAUCACGUUUCUUCGAUUUGUUAAGGGAGUAUAUCUUGUCUGUGCCUCACCAGGUGCUGGUUUGAAUAUAUUAUCAUUGCACUCCAAAAAAGUGUUAGGAACAACUCUGUUUCCUGGAACAGUUACAGCUAUGGAAUCAGACCCUUCAUUGGAUUGGUUGAUUAUGGGAUUGUCAAACGGUAGUUUAAUGUUUUAUGAUGUUGACAGAGUAAAUUUAACACCUUUCAGAAUUGAUAAUUUGCAGAAGAAAAUAAUGCCAAAGGAGAAAAUGUCACCAGUUUUGUCCAUUGAAUGGCAUCCUCGUGAUAUUGGUACUUUAUUGAUUGCAUACCAGCAAUCUGCAAUUGUUUACUCACUUGUAUCAGGCGAAGUGAAAAGUGUCUUGGUAUACCAGUUAUCAAAAGAUCAUAGAGGCUUUCAAUUGGCGUCUCAUAUUGCAAACGGGGGGAAGAAGAAGAUAUUUGGUGGUUCCAAGGAGGUAAUCCCUAAACUAAAGGAAGCCCAUUUCCAUCCAAAUGGAUUACACGCCGUCACAGUGCAUGAAGACAAUUCGAUAGUAUUCUGGGAUAUAGCAAGUGGUACAAUUUUAGAAGCUAGAAACGUUUUUGAUGUGCACAUUCAUCAGCCAGGGACGCCAUUAGAAAUUCCCGAGGUAUUUCAACCCAUUGAGACCGUUCAAUGGGUUUGUGGUGAAGAUCCAGAGAACACAAAGUUGAUUGUAAGCGGCGGAGAUUCUAAUUCCAAGAAUGCCAUUCACGUUUUAGAUUUUGGCUAUACUUUGAAGUACUCAAUUACAUCGUAUGAAAAACAAGCUGAAUUUUACGCACAACCACAAUCAGGACAAAGAAUCAUUCCAGUAACAUUUUAUUUGAAUAAGACAGAAGUAGAAGAGGUGAUAAAAACCAUUCUACCAAUUACUGAAAAUGGGUCGCCUUAUUUCCAUGGUGGUCAUGAUCCUUCUUUUUUGUUGUUGGUCUCAAAUUUGGGACGAAUUUAUUUUGUUUCAUUUGCCGAGCAUGCUGGUGGUCAAGGAUCAUCUGAUUUAGGCACGGUUAUUUUGCCCACCUCUAUAUCAUUUAUUCACCCACCUUUAUGUGCCUUUGAUGUUGAGCAAGUGAGAAGAAUUGAUUGGUAUAGUAUUAUGUCCAGCAGAGCAUCGACGGGAGCAACAUCCAAAACAAAGGAAAUGUUUUUUGGUGGUGCAUCGGUAGGCCUCAACAAUGUGCUGAAACCAAUAGGAUAUGAUGAUUCUUUUAGGAACAUCUUGAUUACCGGUCACGAAAGUGGUUUGGUGAGAUUUCUUGAUGUUACCAAAGGUGAACAACAUGAGUUAGAAGGGAUUGUGCAAAUUGGUCUUCGCGAGACUUUAUUUGAUUACGGGAAUCCAAAGUCGUUGAGAGUCAUAUUUGUGUCAUGUGCAUUUGAGAACCGUGAAUUACUAGUAGCAUUAGCGACAGGUGAGGUUGUUGUUUGCAAGUUUGGCAAAAACAACAGAAACGCUGGGUUAUCGGCAACUAAAGAUUACAGUGAUUGUGCGGUACAACAUGCAAACAAAAAUGCCAAACUUUUAGAUAUUAGUGGAAGAGUCCUGGGCUCAUUAAAUGCGUCAUCAACAUUUUUACCAACAAGUUUGUUGCAAAUCGAGCCACCAGAACCUAUUUCGGUGAUCAAGAUGAGUAAUGUCGGUUUUGGGGCUAUUGGUUACAAAUCGGGAAGAUUGGUUGUCUGUGAUAUUACAAGGGGUCCUGCUGUGAUACUCAAUCUUGAAAAUAUAAAAGAACACCUUGUGUCAGUACAAGGAAACUGCUACCCAACGUCUAUUGAAUUUUCCAUUCAAGAAUAUGGCAAUGACGGCUACUCAUCCAUAGUUUUGUUGGUAGGAACAAAUUGUGGCGGUAAUCUCGUGACAUUUAGAAUUACUCCAAUGGGGAAUGGUGGCUUUGAGGUUGUUUUUGCAGACAAAACAGCACAUUUGAAUUACAGAACUACUGAUGCCAGUGGAGCUGAAGGGUCGUGUAUUUCCCAAAUAAUUCCGAUAAACUCAGUGACCGGUGAGUCUGCAGUUGCAAAUAUGAGCACAUUCAACAAACUCAGUCAGGGAAUUGUUAUUCCAGCAUAUGUUAUUGCCACCUCUGACAGAGAAAUUCGUGUUCUCAAGCUACCAAAGCAAAAGUUAUCACACAAAGUUGUUGAGGAUUUCUGUUUGAAAUGCAGUGUUGUGAACUAUCACAAUAAAGGUAUUGUAUUGGCCAUUUUAGUGAAAUCUGGGUUUGUCAAAUUAUGUUCGUUGCCAUCUUUGUCUGAUAUAGCUAAUGUCAAAUUGCCCAAGGAGGUUUAUGCUCAAGUUAAAGAAUCACUUGAAUCAGGAAUGGCAACUCAGUCAGAUUUAUUACGUUCAGGUGAAUUAUUUGUUAGGUACUCUAAAACAGAAUCAGUUUAUAUCACGACAAAUGAAAAAACUCGCCACAAAGAUGACACAAAUACGGAUCGAUUGUUUAACGAAAAUGCCAUUAUUCCACCACGUCCAACUGCAAGUACAUUACUGUGGGCAAAAGGUCAAAUCAGUUAUGUUUCAGUUGAUGAUUUAGCCAUGUUGGUUGCGGGACCAAACCGUAAGCCUCCAAAGAACACAGAGUCACAAUUGGCAUAUAAUAUAAGCCCUGAAGCUAAUCCACAGAGCAAUUACGGAGGAUAUAACCCGCAAAAAGGCAGAGAUUCUGACAAAAGUAAAAGUUCGAGUCCAUAUGACCAACCAGUAAGACGUGGCACUAAUAACAGCGGAGGUUUGGGGUCUCAAGGAUUUAUGAGAAGUCUUCAAAAUAGCAUUCAAACAGUGGAAGAGACUUUUAACGACUAUGCAAACCAAGCCAGUCAAACAUUCACCGAAGGUAUAGAGGACCAGAAGAAAUCAAUGUACAGUGCUGCUGUAAAAAGUAAGUUUGGAUUUUAA